UAUUGAGAUGUAAGAGCUUCCCUUCAAAGUCAUCAGAUGCAAGUUAGGGAGGGGAUGGAGUCUGCAGUCGGAAAUUGCGAACAUUACGUUAGAAGGUGCUUACUUAACACACCAUGUUGUGGCAAAAUGUAUCCUUGCCGUCUAUGUCAUGAUAGGAAUGAGGAUCAUGAAGUAAACAGGUUUGAAGUCGAGAUAUUGGUAUGCACACAAUGUCGCAAGGAUCAGCCUGUUUCAUCUCAUUGCAAAUAUUGUGGUAUUCUUUUUGGCCUAUAUUCCUGUACUAAAUGCAGAGUUUUCGACGAUAACGACCAUGGCCAGUUCCACUGUGAAGAAUGUGGUUUGUGUCGCAAAGGUGGGAGGGAAAACUUUUUCCACUGUAAACAGUGCGGUAUUUGUCUUACCAAAAGUAUAAAGGAUUCUCAUAAAUGUAGAGAAGAAAGCGGCAAGGACAAGUGCCCUGUGUGUUUUGAUAGCAUCCACACUGCAACAGAGCCCUCUUUGGCUCCAAAAUGUGGCCAUCUUAUACACAUGAAAUGCCACCGUUUGAUUAUGGAAUUUGGCCACAGAAGGUGUCCGUACUGUAAUCAAGAUUAUUAGAAAGACAAAUUUUUUAAAGCUGAAUUUUGAAAAAAGGGAAGGAACUACUGCUGCUGUUUGCUGUCGUCUACAUUUCAAAUACUAGGACAAUAUUUUGCCAUCUGGUCUUCUGUGAGAUGUUUGUAGAUGGCAUUAUUUAUUUACUGUAAUAAUCAUUUAAACUUUUGACAAUGCUUGUGAAACAGAAGACUAUUUCAACAGGAAAUGAUAUUUGUUACUAGAGAAUGAUAGUUACGUCAUGUUAGAGUUUUUAGUGUUGCCAGUUUUUUAAUUUAUUCUUUAUGGCAAGGCUGGAAAACAUUAAGAGUUUUGAAAAAAUGAGGAUAAGAAGCUCAACAUUAAAAGCUCACUUAAAAUAAUUUGCUAGAUUUCACAAAUAAACUAACUAUUUGCAGAAUAUUGUUGAAAUUGUAUGAUUUCUGGAAAAAAUUUGCUCAACUGAUUAUUUAAGCUAAAGCAGUUUUCUAUCUUUUAGCUGGACAGUGCUUUGAAUUCAAAUCGUUGUCUGAGUGCCUUUAAUAUCUUUCAGUCAUAGGCCUUCAUUAAUAAUAAUUUAGUCAGUUAAACUGUAAAUUAUGUUAAUAAUUUUUUUAAGAAACUGGGUAAUGAUAUUGACUGUCCAGAUAAUGCCUCUCACUGAUAAUAAUACAGGGUAAGCUGUACCUCUUGUAAAUGGGUCAUUCCCUGUUAAUUCAAAAGAUGUGAGCUUAGAAUAUUUAUCUUAAAAUAUAGAAUAUAGAUCUGUAUAUAUCAUUUCAGCUGUGAUAUUGCAUUUUCAAAUUUUGUCAUAUUUUAGGUAAAAUCACUGAUUGGCUACCCUUUUGAAU